UUCCUGAAUAAUUGCAACUGGGAAAGAAAUAUGAAGUGGCUUGGGAUCCUCGGGCUGCUGGCCCUCUCAGAGUGCCUAGUCAUAAUCCCUCUAAGGAAGAGCAACACCUUGCGAGAACCCCUCAGGGAGAAAAACCUGCUGACAAAUUUCCUGGAGGAGAACAUGGACGACAGGUCCCAGAAUGAAACUGAUGACCCGAAAAUGUAUCUUCACCCCCUGGGGAACCAUGAGGAUCUGGCCUACUUGGGAAACAUCACCAUUGGGACGCCCCCUCAGGAGUUCAGGGUCGUCUUUGACACAGGCUCAGCUGACCUGUGGGUGUUCUCCAUCUACUGCUCCAGCCCAGCCUGCCGUGCAAAGAAGCUCUUCAACCCUAACUUGUCCAGAACCUUCCAGCACAAACGCCAGCGCUUCGAAAUCAUAUACAGCUGUGGGAGUGUUAAUGGAACUAUUGGCUAUGACACCGUCCGGAUUGGAAACCUUGUCAACAUGCACCAGGCAUUUGGGCUGAGCAAGUGGCAGAAUGGGUUUGAAGAUACACCUUUUGAUGGCAUCCUGGGCCUGGCUUACCCCAGCCUGGCCUUUGAAAGGACCACGCUCGUCUUUGACAACUUGAAGAGACAAGGCAUCAUUUCUCAGCCUGUCUUUGCCUUCUACUUGAGCGACCAGAAGGACAAUGGCAGUGUGGUGAUGUUUGGAGGGGUGGACCACAGCUACCACAAAGGAGAGCUCAAGUGGGUACCAGUGUCCCAAACCCACCUCUGGCAGAUGACCAUGAACCGCAUCACUAUGGACAGAAUGGUGAUUGGUUGUUUCAACGGCUGCCAGGCCAUUCUGGAUACCGGGACGUCAUUGCUGCUUGGCCCACCUAGACUGGUCAGAAACAUCCAUAAGCUCAUCAACGGCACACGUCUUGGUGAAGAGUACAUGAUUCCAUGUAGCUCUGUCGCUCAACUGCCUGCCUUCACCCUCAACAUCAAUGGCACUGACUACCCGGUGCCUGCUGAAGCCUACAUCUGGAAGAGUCCUCAGGGCAUCUGUUUCAGCAACUUUCGAGUACAGUCAGACCCCUCAGAUGAACCAGAGACCUGGAUUCUUGGCGACGUCUUCCUGAGACUGUAUUUCUCAGUUUAUGAUCGGGGAAACAACAGGAUUGGCCUGGCGCCCGCAGUGUAA